AAAAGUAAGAUAAUUCUCCAGAGACUUCCACAACAAACCAGAAAAUUGUAGAGAAAAAAAACAAUCUUCUCCCAUAAAUACCCAUUACGCCGCUCUGUUCCUUUCAUAAGAGUUCCAUCCAAAGCUCUUGUAAAACACCAGCGAGCCUACUGUCUCUGUUUGAAUUUUGAAGCUAGGUUCCAAAUCAUCCCUCAUUUCUUCUGUGAUCCGAACCAGGCCAUAAACCACCACAAAAAUGGCGCUUGUUCCGAGCUUCUGGGGGCCGCAGAGGAGCAGCAUCUACGAUCCCUUCGCCCUCGAUAUAUGGGACCCCUUCGAGGCCUUCACGGGCUCAGCUGUGGCCUUUCCGAGGGGCACCACCGACGAUGUCGCCCCCUUUGUGAACGCGAGGUUCGACUGGAAGGAGACCGACGACGCCCACAUGUUCAAGGCUGACCUCCCUGGCGUGAGGAAGGACGAGGUGAAGGUGGAGUUGGAGGAUGGGAGGGUGUUGAAGAUAAGCGGCGAGCGGAGGAAGGAAGUCGAGGAGAAGGGCGACACAUGGCACCGAAUCGAGAGAAGCCAGGGGAGGUUCCUGAGGAGGUUCAGGCUGCCUGAGAACGCCAAGGUUGAUGCAGUGAAGGCCACCAUGGAGACUGGGGUGCUCACUGUGGUAGUGCCCAAAGGGGAGGCCACUCCUAAAAGCGAUGUGAAGGCCAUUAAAAUCAAUUAAGAGCUGAGAAAAAUGCUUGAAAAUAAUGGAAGCAGGAAUAAUAGUCAAUGAUGAAUAGAAAGUUAUCAUCUAUGGAGGCGUUGUAGUGGUAAUCUCUGUGUAUAUAUUAUGUAGUUAUGGGUUUUAGAAGUGGUUUUGAGUGUGGGGUUUUGUUUAUGAAUAGCUUUGAAGUGUGUUUUUUUUUUAUUGCAGUGUUUUAUUACUGUAAUUAAGGAGCAGAAGUCUUUUGCUAGGUUGUUUAUGCGAGAAACUAAUGGAGCUUGUAAAUAUUUUGUUCAAAACAAAGGAAAAAUCAGGAGUUGCUUAUAUGCAAAGAUUAUUGUUGCC